AGAAACUGAAAAGUCCAAAAAAAACCUCUCAAUUUCUUCCGAUUUGUUCAAUUAAUCUUUCUUUUCUUGGAACUACAAUCGUCAUGAUGAGCCACGGCGGGAACACGCUGGCGACUUCCUUGAUGGCGGCGGUCGGCACGCGCUACUUCUCUGCUGCAAGCGUCCGUACCACGUCGAACGAGGCCGUCAUGACCACCUGGAUCAGGGCUCCGGUCGUCGGUUUGCGGAACAAAAGCACUUUGGCCGUGGAUGAGAAGGAACAGAAGGAGGAAAAACCGGCGGUGAAGGGCUUGGCCUCCGGUGGUAACGGUGGCAAGGAUGAGAAGUCGAUCGUGACCUACUGGGGGAUCGAGCCCGGUAAGCUCAAGAAAGACGAUGGUACGGAGUGGAGGUGGAGCUGCUUUAGGCCAUGGGAGACUUAUCAGUCUAACACAUCCAUAGAUCUGAAGAAGCACCAUGUGCCUUCUACUCUGUCAGACAAAAUGGCUUAUUGGACCGUCAAAACUCUCCGUUGGCCGACUGAUCUCGUCUUCCAGAGGAGAUAUGGUUGCCGGGCAAUGAUGCUGGAGACUGUGGCGGCUGUCCCUGGAAUGGUGGCAGGCAUGCUGUUGCACUGCAGAUCCUUGAGGCGAUUUGAGCACAGUGGUGGCUGGAUCAAAGCGCUGUUGGAAGAAGCUGAGAAUGAGCGUAUGCACCUGAUGACAUUCAUGGAGGUGGCCAAGCCAAGGUGGUAUGAAAGAGCGCUUGUAUUUGCCGUCCAGGGUGUUUUCUUCAAUGCCUACUUCUUGGGCUAUAUCAUUUCACCCAAAUUUGCUCACCGGAUGGUGGGGUACCUUGAGGAAGAAGCAAUCCACUCUUACACUGAGUUCCUCAAGGAGCUGGACAAGGGCAACAUUGAAAAUGUCCCUGCUCCAGCAAUUGCCAUUGACUACUGGCGCUUGCCUGCUGAAUCCACUCUCCGGGAUGUUGUGAUAGUUGUGAGGGCAGAUGAGGCACAUCACCGCGAUGUCAACCACUUUGCAUCGGACAUACAUUACCAGGGACGGGAACUGAAGGAAACGCCUGCCCCACUCGAUUACCAUUGAUCCGAAAUGCUGGGAAUUAGCCUCAUCUUAUGAAGUGAAUUGAGACAGAUACUUCUACUAAAC